AUGGGUGUGGGAUUGGGGAGGGGGGAGGGGGUGGGGAAAGGCACAGGAGGGAGAUUGAGAGGGAGAUUGAGAGGGAGAUUGAGAGGGAGAUUGAGAGGGAGAUUGAGAGGGAGAUUGAGAGGGAGGGGAAAGGACAGAACUGAGGGGAUUGUAUAA